AUGGCUAUGCAUUUCAAGUUGAGCAAAGAACAGAAGGCUCUCACUGAGGUGGAGAAGGAAGAAAUGGAGUUGAUCCCUUACUCCAGCAUUGUUGGGAGCUUGAUGUACAUGAUGAUUUGUACAAGGCCAGAUAUAGCACAUGCCAUAAGCACUACAAGCAGAUACAUGACAGCCUACGGAAGGCAACACUGGAGUGCACUGAAAUGGACAAUGAGAUACCUUAAGGGUGCUGAUAAGUUGGGAAUACUAUACACCAGAGAUGGUGGAGCUGAGAAAGACCCUCUGGUAGGAUUUUGUGACUCAGAUUAUGCGGCCAACCUUGACACAAGAAGGUCACAAACUGGGUAUGUCUUUACACUAUUUGGGUCUGCUAUUUGUUGGAAGUCAGGGCUGCAAAAUGUAGUAGCUCUUUCAACAACCGAAGCUGAAUACAUGGCACUAACUUCAGCAGUAAAAGAAAGCAAGUGGCUGAAGGGACUCAUAUCUGAUUUUGGAUUGGAGCAGGAGACAGUGGCUAUCCAUUGUGAUAACAGUGGUGCAAUUUGUUUAGCAAGGCACCAAAUGUUCCAUGAAAGGAGCAAACACAUCGACGUGAGACUUCACUUCAUUAGAGAUGAAGUAGAGAGUGGAAGAGUGAAGGUGGUAAAGAUAGAUACAGCCCACAAUCCGGCUGAUAUGCUAACUAAGCCACUGAGUAAAGAGAAGUUCGAAUAUUGUUGUAGAUUGGUGAAUCUGCUGGCAACAGUUUUUUGA